AUGGCGCGUAGAUCAACUCGACAAUCCGCCAGGACAGCUGCAGCUGAAGCCUCGCAACCACGCACCGUCACGACUCUGGCAGACUGGGAUGAUUUUCCCUCGAAAGCGACGGGUAAACCAGCCACUACAACCACCGUGAACGAGGAACGCCAUAGACCGUCGACUGCCAAAAAGGUCAAGGUCAAACGCGUAUGGAAUGAUCCGUUGUUUGCAUGCGGUCAGCGUCUUGCUCGGUACAUCCACCCUUUCGUCAAUGUUCUCAAUUUCAUCAAAAUCGAGAAGAAGGUAGCCCGUUUUCUGGCGACUAAAGGCAUGAAUUGGAGAGCUCUGGAGAUGUCCAAGGACCGCCGGGACCAUGAAAUGUACCUCCAGGUUCUUGAAAUGAUGCAGAACGUAGGGGUAAACGUGUUCCAAAGUUCUGAUUCCACUGUCAAGAAUAUCAUGUUCUUCAUCAACAAAGGGCAGUCUUCAUCGUGGGCGUCCGACGAGCUCGCGCUGAAGACAGCUCUGGCCAGUUGGGUUGCGCCUUCCAGCGAGGGGAAGGCAGUCUGUGGCCUUGGCUUUUCUGAAGAAUUCUCUCUGAAGUUGCUUUGUCCCGUCACUAUUGAUUGUUCCCGAGAAGAGAACAAGGUCAGAUUGCAAACUCAACGGCAAAAACUGCAGAUUGGAGAAUGGCCUCGGCUACUAUACCAAAACAUGGAUUACAAUGCCGCUGAUAUGUGGGAUGGAUUCUUACGAAACUCUAUGUUGUUGAAAGGAGGUGUUUUUCUGCAAGCCGCCGCUCGUUCUGGUCUGACAAGCGGCGUUUCCAGGCAUACAGACUUGUCUACUUGA